AUGGAGGAAGAUGGAGAGAUGACGCCAUUUUGGCUGGAAACCUCCGACAGCCGGCGGCGGAAACCUUCAUCUUUCUUCUUAAACACCGGUAUCCUUAUCAUCCUCUUGCUAGUCAUUGCGUUUGCAUUUGUGUUGUUUGUCAUCCCUUCGUUUCUGUCUUUGACGUCCAACAUAUUCAAGCCUCAACUUGUUAAAAAAUCAUGGGAUUCCGUGAACUUAGUCCUCGUGCUUUUCGCCAUAAUCUGUGGCUUCUUAAGCAAUAGCAGUAAUAAUAAUACCCCAACCCCAACAACUACUUACGAAGCUACUACCAGACCCAGUCCCAAACACGCUGAUGAUCAUGUCCCAGGAUCAAACCCUUCAACGCCAAGUCAAUGGUAUGAUCGCACGGCUUAUAACUCAUUACGGAGGUUAAAAAAUAGCAGCUCGUAUCCAGAUAUACGGCAGGAAUAUUCUUCUUGGAUGGUGAACGGUGAUGAUCGCUGGAGGUUUUAUGAUGAUACUCAUUUGUAUAAUUACCGUAGUAGGUCAAGGCGACAGCAUGAUCAACAAGUCUAUAUUAAUAAUACCAAGGAUAUAGCUGUUGAUACUGUUUGCACGUCUCCGCAGCCACCACCUCAGUCACCUCCACCGCAGCUUCCUAAGGUAGUUAGAAGAAAAUCUAAGCGGACUCAUUAUGAAGAUGCUAAAACCAAAGAGAGAAGUGAACGUAAGGAAGUAAUAUUCAGUGAGAUGAAGAUCUCGCCUCCAAUAGAUGACGAGCCGGAGAAGAGAAGUUCCAAGAGUGAGAAAAAGACAGGUGGUGGAGGGACUAAUGAUUUCUUAAUUUCCUUAAGAAGAAAAAAGAAGAAGCAAAGGCAGAGAAGCGUAGAAAACCUUGAGGAAUUCUUUAACCUUUCAACGCUUCCUUUAUAUCCAACCCCAUCACCUCCGCCGCCGCCUCCACCACCUCCACCACCGCCAUUACCAUCAUUUUACCAAAGCAUCGUUUCUUCCAAGAAAAGCAAAGCCAGAAAGCACCAUUCAAUGGAACCACCGGUAACAACCCAGAAGCCUCCUUUUCCAGUCAAGAUAAAUAACAUGAACAAUGUAGAAGAGAGCAUGGAAAGUGGGAAUGAAUCACCGUUAUAUCCAGUCCCUCCACCGCCACCUCCUCCGCCGUUUAAAUUGCGGCCAUGGAAGUUCGAAGUGCAGGGUGACUUUGUUAGGAUAAAAAGUAUUAAUUCAGCGGAUUCGGAUGAUCCAUCAAGCGGUGAAGCGAGUCCGUCGGAUGUUAAAAGAAUGGGUGAAAUGGAGGGUGAAGAUUCAAGGGGAGGAGCUUUGUUUUGUCCAAGUCCAGAUGUAAAUACCGAAGCCGAUCAUUUCAUUGCAAGGUUCAGGGCCGGUCUGACGCUGGAAAAAAUAAACUCCGUUCGGGCGAGGUCUAAUCUUGGCCCAACCUCACCGUGA